AUGAACGCCUGGGCCGUCGACGGCUCGAAUAUUCCUGGUCAGGAUAAUGGGGCUUUCAAUCCUUCUACAAUCGACCCCUCUGCCGCCUUUCUUCAUGCGUCUCAAAACCCCCAGGACCCAAACCAGUUCCAGCGCAUGUUCAAUGGCGUCCCGCGGAACGCAUCGCCAGGUUUCCACAACCCCAAUCAGGUGAUUCCAUCUAAACGAUCACGGCCGGAAGAUGCCAUGCCAAUGUCACCUCGGCCUGCCCCCGGCGGUGUGGCCGGGUCGCGAUCGCAAACCCCCCAGGUUCCCUAUCCGGGCUAUCAAGGCCCGUCCAACGGCACACCGCAAUUCUCUCAGCAUCCUACUCCCUAUCAACACCUGCAACAAGGAGCCUCGCCAAAUGUGACACAGUCGCCAGUAAUGCAAGACUUCGACCAGCAAAGUGCUCGCAUGGGCACAGCCUCUCCCAGCCCUUUUUCUCCCGCUGGCCCACACGUUGGACCUCACAUGUCACCGGCACAGUCAGACCAUGGAAGCCGUGUCAACACACCACAGAACAAUAACUACAUGGCAGGGCAAGCAUUCCCGCAAGGCAUCAGUGGACAGUUCCAACAAGGCCCUGGAAUGUCUUCAGCAACACCCCAACAACCUAUGCAGUCUCAAUUUGGAGGUAUGCAACAAGUGCCGCCGGGGUACCAUCAAGCUCUCGCAGCCCAGCAACAGCGACUCCAUGCUAUGUCCAUGCAAAAUCGGCAAAUGAAUGCGAACCCGCAGAUGGCCGGACGUCCUGUUCCUGGUGGAAUGGGUAUGAACCCCAUGGCAAAUCCCCAGCAGAUGGCAGCUCUACGUCAGAUGCAGCAAAAUGCCUCAAAGCCCAACAAUCCCGAAAAUUUCAUGCGUGCGCUUCAAAAAUACCAGAUGUCUCGAAACCUUCCAUUUGAAUCAAAUCCAGUCAUCAGCGGCCGCCCGCUGAAUGUUGUUCAAUUGUAUGGAGCGGUCAUGAAGAUGGGCGGUUCGAAGAAAGUGACUGCGAUGAAUGGAUGGCCUGCGAUUGCACAGCAUCUUCAAUUUCCUCAGAUGCAGUUCCCAGUGGCAGCUCAGGAGCUCCGGGAUUACCACCAACGAAACCUGGCCCCCUAUGAGCAAGCGUUCAUCAGCUCGCAACAAAAACAAUUUGCCGAUCAGAUGCAACAACAACAGCAGCAGCAGCAGCAGCACCCACAGCAGCACCCCCAACAGCAUCCCCAGCAGCAAAACCAGCAGAUCCAACAACAGCAAAACCAGCAGAUUCAGCCCGGCGGAAUACCUCGCCAGCCAAGUGAUCCAUCGGCAAUGCAAUUCCAGUCUCCGGGGGUAAAACAGGGCCAGGGUUUUGAGCCAAACCAUCAAAUAUCGCACUCUCCCCAACAUAAUACUCCUAUCCCGAACCAAGCUCAAGUCCCCCCGAUGAACGGAUUUGCGACUCCAACACAGGCACGCAGUCAAAGCAAACCUCCCCAACCCACACACCGAUUGAGUGUUUCCCGCCAAUCGCAGCCAUCGGUACCUCCGGUAGACAAGACUGGACAGUUUGCUGCGCCUUCACCAUCACAGCAAGGCAAACUUGCGUCUGUCACGCCUGGACCACAGCCUAUUCAAGCUGAGUCAACCCUGGAACAGGUGACUAAGAUGCCUAUUGAGGAUCCAUUCAAACCUAAGGUGCUCACUGAGCACCGCCUGCAUGGCCCUAUAAUGGUGGAAGAGAUGUUCCAACUCGGCGAGGACAUUUUAAGGUUGAAACCUACUGUACCAAUGUUCGCAGAACUUGGCGUGGUAGAUAUUCAUGCUCUGAACAUGGCUUUGAAAUGUGGGAUUCAAGCAGAAACUCGUGUUGCCUUGGAUACCCUGACUACCCUAUCAUCUGAGCUUAGCACUUCAAUCUCCCUAGAGAACUGCGAUGAUUUGGUGGAAAGUUUGGUAGAUUGUGCCCAGGACCAGGUUGAGUUCCUUGCCGAACACAUCCCUGAAUUACCAGAAGCCAUGCCUCUACGUUCUUAUGAAGAGUUGACUCGGGGCUGCCAUUCAGAAUUCACGUCACUUGCAGAAGUUCCUGAAUUUGGGAGCAUUGAAUAUCGUCUGGAUCGAGCUGUGGAACGAUUGAUUUGCAUCACUACAAUAAUUCGCAAUUUCUCAUUCAACGAAGCCAACACUGGCAUUCUUGGUAUACCCUCUGUCACCCAGGUCUUCGCUGACGUCUUCCGUUGCCUGGGAACUCACAAGAUGUUCCUACGGACUGAUCAUGGUACAUUGGAUUUCAUGAAAGACGCAGUGAUUUUCAUGAGUAACUCCGCACAUGUGAUGCAAAUACCUGGGAAGGAGGAAGCAUUGAACUUACUGGAAUUCCUUCUUGCCUUUGCACCUUUGCCAGAGCCGACAUCGGACCCGAACGAAGUGAUGUUUACUGCAUUUAAUCCUUCAAUUCAUCGAUAUACCCCUGCAGCUGUGGAUGGUCUGGCUAAGCUAUUGGCGAGAGAUGACCCGAACCGAAUCUACUUUGGAGCCAUCUUCUCUGGUGAUGGCUCUGUUUCCCCCCGACCAGAUCUUCUGACUCGCGCAUUUGGCCUUGCCAUUUGCGCGGUUCCUAACAAAAUGCCUCUGACAGUUGCGGAUGCUCGCAAGAUCUUCCUCAUGCAAGGUCUGUUGGCUGCGGAUGUUUUGACCACAUUUGCAGACGGACCUAUGGCAAGAUCAUGGGUUGGAUCUGUGGAUGGCUUUGCCAUCCACCUCCUGCGGCUCUCCUGUCUGCUUUGUACCGAACGCCUGCCGCAACUCGCCAGCAACCGACAACGAGGCCCACACGAGAUGGAUGCUUAUGCAUUUGCCGCCAUAAUCAAUCGUGGCUUGGCCAUCUUGCGCCGACUCGCCGAGAAAUCUAAGCAAGUGGACAACACCCUGCCGUUGAAGCUCCCAUCUGGAGUCAUCCCUCGCAAGGAAAGUCUUCUCGGGGCGUUAUUGCUUCCCAACAUGGACCCGAAUAUCAUCCGCCAACUCCUUUCCUAUGCUCGUCUUGCGGAAUAG